UAAUCCUGACCUCGGGUUGCUUGACGGAAACAUUUAGGUGUUACAGAGACAGCUGGGCUGGAAAUUUAGGAUUUACAUUUUAUACACUCGGAAAAAACAACAUAACCAGAAGGAGAAAGGAAGAUCAGCGAAGCCCCGGGAGGAGCGGCCAGGUGGCCGGCUCUGGGUGAGAGGAGAUGGCGGGGAACUUCUGGCAGAGCUCGCACUACUUACAGUGGAUCCUUGAUAAGCAAGAUGUAAUGAAGGAGCGGCAGAAAGACUUGAAAUUCCUAACAGAAGAAGAAUAUUGGAAAUUGCAAAUAUUUUUUGCUAAUGUAAUCCAAGCUCUUGGGGAACACCUCAAACUGAGGCAGCAAGUUAUUGCAACUGCAACAGUCUAUUUCAAGAGAUUCUAUGCCAGAUAUUCGCUGAAGAGUAUAGAUCCAGUACUGAUGGCACCAACUUGUGUAUUUUUAGCAUCGAAAGUAGAGGAAUUUGGUGUUGUUUCAAACACGCGUUUGAUUUCAGCUUCAACUUCAGUGUUGAAAACCAGGUUUUCUUAUGCAUUUCCUAAGGAAUUUCCUUACAGAAUGAACCAUAUAUUGGAAUGUGAAUUUUAUUUGUUAGAGCUAAUGGAUUGUUGUCUAAUAGUAUACCAUCCAUAUAGACCAUUGCUACAAUAUGUACAAGAUAUGGGACAAGAAGACAUGCUGCUGCCAUUAGCAUGGAGGAUAGUGAAUGACACCUACAGGACAGACCUAUGCCUCAUGUAUCCUCCAUUCAUGAUAGCCUUGGCCUGUUUGCACGUGGCAUGUGUGGUCCAGCAAAAAGAUGCACGUCAGUGGUUUGCUGAGCUCUCAGUGGAUAUGGAGAAGAUCCUUGAGAUAAUCAGAGUCAUUCUAAAGCUAUAUGAUCUAUGGAAGAAUUUUGAUGACCGAAAAGAAAUGGCUGCAAUCCUCAACAAGAUGCCAAAACCGAAACCACCUCCAAACAGUGAAGGAGAGCAGGGCCCUAACGGCAGUCAAAAUUCAACCUACAAUCAGUCCUAAGAAACUUGGCAGUUUGAUAUACCAAAAGAUGUGGAAAGAAGUGGAUUUGGACUGUCUGAUACACAAGGAAAUUCCUUCACUUCAUAAAGACUUCUGGCCAGUUAGUGUGGUGAAGGGAAGACACUUAGGUGUGGUUUGAGAGACUGGGCGUGAAUUAUCACAAUUAUUCAAAGAAAGAAAAGCUACAGAAAUUACUCCUUAGAGUUGCUGCUGCAAAAACAAACACUUGAGUUUCAUUUGAUCAUUUAUGUUUGUAACUUUGUCAUGUGUUUCAGAGGGGGCAUUGUACUUAUUGUCCUACUCAAACUGUGCUUUAGAAUUGUGUAUAAUCAAAUCUGCUCCAAACUAUAAGAUUCAUUCAAGUUCCCCAGUUUGUUUCUGAUAAUCCAAGAAAAAGUGAGCAAUUAUGGUAGACAAGGGAAUGAUGCAGUAGCUUAAUUAUAUUUGUAAGCUCCUGAAAAUAAUUUUCAGACAGUACAUUUCUUUAUCCUUUAAAGAAAACUAGAAGUAUUGUUUGUUUGGUACUUGAACUGUUAUGUGGAAUUAAUUUCCCAUAAUUUUGAAAUAUAAUCUGUGUAGGUUGGGGUAGAUAUAUUUCUAACCAUAUAACCAGGUCAAGGUUAGACCUCCCACUGAAGUUUCCAGAUAUAAUGCUAAGCAUUGAUCCUCCGUAUUUUAAAAGCUUUGGAGUAAAACUGUUGUUUCCUCAUUUUACGUCAUGUGAAAAAAUAAAAUCUGAAGAAAUACCAUUUUUAAAAUGGAACUUUAAAAGGAGUUAUUUCUAUUUUGUUAGAUACAGUGGUCUAUAUAAAAUGGUCAUAGUCAAUUAUGGUCAUAUUUAGUAAGGUUAAAUUUAUUUUGGCUACUGUAUUUGUUCAAUAACUUGAACGUAGCUGACAACUUUUUAAAAAAAAUAAACUAAAUGGACCAGUGCCAUAGUGAGUUUAUUGGCUGCUUUUUCACUGUCUUGUCACGGGUAUAGCAUAAACAUUUGUGUAUUUUCUGUUCGUCUGGCUAAAUUGUGUCCCACGAUACAAUGAGGUUUCUUUCUCCAUUCCCCCACCUUUGGGUUCUAACAUUUUUAAAUUAAAUUUGCCAGCAUUUGCAUGGCACCAAUUUUAAAUGCUGAUUUUAUGAAAGUGUAAUUGUACCAGAUUAUUGGUAUAAUUGUUGAGAUUACAGAUGUUAUUCCUACAUUAUAAAAGUGACUAGACUUAUGUACUUAAUUGACUAAAAAGUGCUUUAGGACAUCCUGAGGUAAAAGGCACUAUAUAAAUGCAAGUAUUUUUGAUCAAGUUGCUGUUACAGAGAGUGAUGCACGUAUUUGUGUUGACGAGGUAUUUCUACAUUUGGUUCUUUGAGCCAUGCUAAAACAUGACUGUUUCAAAUAUCUAUGACCUUACUUGAGGGGAAAAAUAGCAUUUUCUGAAAGUACAGUAGGAAAACAAUCAUGACAGAGAAAAUUUCAUAAGUGAAGAGCGACAAACUUUACUACUGACAAAUUGGCACAUUUUCAUUUUUUUUGUUGUUAAGGUUUGUUUUACAGUUUACAAAUUGUUGAUGCCUGAUCUAGAUUCUUUAUUGGUUUGUGGCAAAAAGGAUUUGUUUUUGCAACUGCCGUCACUUAUCUAAGACUGCAAACCAACUGUCACAUCACAUCAAUGUUUUCAUAUGCUUGAAAUGUCUUAGACUGAAUUUUUAACCCAGCACAGAAUAUAUCAUAAAUAUGGACUAGCACAGAACUAUACUUGCCAAAACUAGGAUAGUUUGAACAACUUGUUAUCCAUGGUUUUCACUGUGGCACAUUGGUGGUGCUUUCUCUUAAGAAAUCUACCAUAUUGGUCCUUAAAUAGAACUAUCAGUGGUAGGUUAAAUACUGGUCUAAAGAUGUCCUUGAGCUAGUCGCUUGCGCUUAAAAAAAAAUUCAAAGACUUUUUGAGAUCAAGGUGAUCGAAUGUAUCAUGUCUGUUAAUCAUCUAUACUAGAAUAGACUAUAAGUAAGAAUGCCAGUUGAGCAUUCUUAAACUAUUUCUCCAAUAGUUUAAAAUUUGGAGUUUUUAUACCUUUGUUCAGUAGUUGGUGACAUUUACAAAGAUGUUCAAAAUAAAGAUCUUAACCAAUAGUAA